AACGCUGCGGGUUUAUUCGGCUCUCGGAAGGCAAAAGCGCCGUUACGUCCACCUCUCACACACACGCCUCGUCGCGCCCCCUUUGGACAGCAUCCUCCCGUUCGUCUUGUGCGCGGAGUGAGUUUCUGCUCCGGCGUUGUUUCCCAACAACCCCCACGGCAGAGAAGAGCAUCCAGUGACUCCCAGGAACAUCCCUGAAACGUCCCGUUCUCGAUCACACACACCCCUCGGCGUGCGUUCAUCGUCGCAGCAGUAGCAGCCAUGGCCCCGGUGUACGAUUUUCGCCACGUUGAAUUGGAUAAGAUUGGCCGCGGAAAGAGGGUGAUCAAGCCCCCCGGCGGCGACGACAGUGACAUCUUCGGCGUGCGCUCGCCGCAGGCGCAGUCGAGCGCCGAGCCGAGCACGCCGCGCAGGGUCAAGAACUACCAGCAGUCGUCCAUCUUCACGCCCUCCGAGGAGGACUUGACGCCGACGACGCCCUCUAGCGGCGCCAGCACGCCCACGCGGCGCCGCAUGAGCGACAACAGCCAGGAGCGCCUGUUCGGCGCCGAGGACGUGCCCACCCCACGGCGCGUCGUCGACCGCAUGAAGUCCAACAUCUUCAGCGAGCUCGACUCGCCCGCGCCACAGGCCCCCGCCCCGGCAUCGGCCUCCAAGAAGUUCGUGUCCCGCAACCCGAUCACAGGCGACGUGUACCAUGUCAAGCAAAAUGGCCACGGCGGCAUGAACGGGUACAGCAGCAACGGAUCCACUUCACCCGUGGACUCGCCGCCCAACGGCCACGUGCAGUACGCUCCCGGAGGCAGGCCGUCGGGAGGCUUCUGAAAAGGCUACGGCGAAGACCUGCAGCCCCCGAGCUUCUUUCCGCCUUCCUCUCUACUCAGCGACGUGCAAGGCAGCGAGGGGCCAGUCGGCGGCUGACUAGCACCGUGUUGUAGCUUUAGCCAGUCUGAUUUUUUUUUUACGUUUUUUUAAUGCCGUCCUUGUUCGCGGCGGGGUCUUUCGCGGGGACAGCUGAAACAAAACUCUCCAGAGCAUCGUGCGCUUAUAAUACACACACGUCUCGUGUCUCUAUAGCCCUUUUCGCGGGGAUAUCAGGAUCAUACUACGAGGGUGUUUUUUUGCAAAAGGAGUCGCGCACCUGUGGGCGUGGGCCGAGCACUGUGUACGAGCCACACUUUCUGUGUGUUUUGCGGUAGCAAAAAAACAUUCACUGAAAGUCCAGUAACGAGCGUGUUUCCUAAGAGACAGGCAGACAAGAAACUUUAUUGAUGGUCCUGAGAGGCUCCGAUGCCCUCUUUUCAGGGAGGCGGUGAAGCCGCGGGCCGCUCCCACGAUGGGACAUGAAGGCCAAGCCUCAACGCUGAGAGAAAUAAAAAUUAUCUGUAGCAUCGAGGCAACAACAACAACCAAAAGCAAACGGUGAAAAGCCACGAUUCGUACUGCAAACGCGGCGCCAGCCCUCCUGAUUGCCCACAGUUUUAACGGCGCCGGUGACAAGAUGUACGGGAAAACUGGGGGCAAAGAAAACGAACUCUAUUUUGUGUACAUAUAAAGUGGAGUGGUAGCGAAUGUGUGUUCAACAGCGAAGUGAUGAGAAGUUUCAACGUGUUCUUUUUUAAAAUUUUUUACUUCUCAACCGAAGCAGUAGGAAGAAGAAAAAAAAAAAGAGGUGACAUGCGUGCUUUCUUUUAUAGUCUCGCCCAAAGCUAUGUAGUAGUGUGGUCGUUUCAAAGUAGGCAUAGAGCUUCUUGUACUAAGAGAGAGCCGUGCGCAAGGUAUAUACUGUGUCUGUCGACUCCAUCCAUCUCACGCUUCUUCUAUGCACUCCCGAGGUCUCUUUCUUGUCACGCCUUAGACGUCGACGACUGUGGGGCCUCGGCAGUUCCUGCCAUGUGUACACCGAACCUGUAUCGCAACUACUCCUACAUGUCUAUCUCUUCGGCUCUUGCAUAUUUUUCUUCUUUGUUUUCAUUCGCUGCGCUCUUCUCUCAAAAUGACGCCGCACAAAAGUAUGUGCUGUACUACGAUUUGUAUCUCGCAGUAUUUUUAAUAAAGUAUUGAAACGCAA